UCGCAGAAAACCAGCGGCAGUCAAAGCACCAACCUUCGCCUUACUUCUCAAAGCAAGCAUCAUGAAAACAUUCACCUUGGUCGUCGUUUGCCUCCUGGUGGCCGGAGCCCACUGCAGCGCCCUGCUCACCUACGGCGUUCCAGCCGCCUAUUCGGUGGUGCACCAGCCCGUGGUUCACCAGUCAGUGGUUCACCAGCCAGUGGUGUACCAGACCGCUGUCAGGACCCCCGCGGUGGCGCACCACAAGGAGCUGGUGCACGUGCCCCACCACGAGUACGGCUACGCCGUCGAGCAGAGCAAGGUUGUCCAGCCAAAGUCCACCGUCGUCCACCACGAUCCACUCACCGGUAUUCCCUACAAGCAGACCGACUAUCAUCACGCCCCUGUGGUGACUGGAUCCCGCACCUACGUUCACCACAGCCGCCCUGGAUACGUUUCCGAGCGCACCAAGACCUACGUCUUCUAAACGCAUGUCACGCCCGAAUGAUCCCACACCCAAACUGCACAUGACCAUCUGGUUGUACUGCACUGGAUUCUUAUAGUUAGGCUGUUGUUAACAAUAAAGAGAAAUUUAUUUUGGCGUUA